GCAGCGUGGCCCAGUGCCGCUCCAAGUGGAAGGCGCUCAAGCAGGCUUUCCACUCGGAGCGGGAGACGCGCCGGAGGGCAGGACACCACUCGCCCCGGCUUCCUCCGCACUACCGGGCCAUGAAAAGUAUAUGGAAGGCAGCCGGGCGGCCCGUCUUUGGCGAGCGGAGGAUGCCAGAACUGGUGAAACUGCCCACCAGGAAGCGCAGGUCAGCCCUUGCCACUCGGUCUUCAUCCUCGCCAGAGCCACCAGCUCUUUUCUGCACCCCCCUCACUUCCUUCUGCAGGGCACGAUGUUAGCAGGGACACCCCAGGCACGCUGCUGUCCCCGCUGCUGCGGUGUGCAAAGGAUGAGCCAGAGAGCCUUUCAAGUGGAUGUGGGAUUCUCCUUCACUUCCAGUCCUAGUCUGUUGUGUAGCGUUCCUGCGCGCUGCUCCGCCGCUGCUGCCUUCCAGCCCAGGGGUGGCUGCAUUGCAGUGGUGGCAGCUGGUGGGGAACACAUCGCUGGAGUGCCACCCACACCCCCCACCAUGCCAUACACCAGUUGCUGCUUCCCUCCUGUCUCCAUCCUGGGCUGUCACACUGACCUGAAGCAGGAAGGAACAGAGGGAAAGGCUGCUAUCGUGGCACAUUUUCCUGGUGAGACGUCCCUGGGGAUGGGAAGAGGAAACCAAAUGCUGCCAGUGGCUGUCGCAGCCUCAGGCUCCCAAGGGACAGCUGCCCUGAGCGAGCAGCCGGCAGCAGGUGAAGAUGCAUCAGAUGCAAGCCUUCAUGGGCCUGGUGUGGCGAGCUUGCUCCAGAACGUCCAGCAACUGCUGGUGCAGAUCCUGCAGACAUCACGGCAGCAGCAGGCACUGCUGGAGAGCCUGGCCAGCGACACAGUCUCCCACCUCCAGCUCCUCUCCCACAGCCUCGUGCAGGUGGGAGAGACCCUGCACCAGCUCCUGCUCCGGCCACAGACCCAUUCUGGCCCCCUUAGCCACUACAUCUCCCAUGUGCCCCUUUUUGAGGGUGGCCCUGGAAUGCCCUGCUCCCCUGGCACUCCCCACACCUCUCCAGAUUGCAAAGAGGAGCCUCAGCUGUCCCGUGCCACCAGUUGCACCCCACCAUAAGUGCCACCAUCACCUACCCCAGGAGCAACAGCUUUGCUACGCAGCCACAGCACAAAUCUGUAUAGCAGAGGUUCCAGAUAUUUUGAAAGUUUAUAGAAG